AUGGCCAGCCCUGCGGGGUCCGGCUUCCCGGCACGUACCAACAGUCGCCUGGACGCGUUCCUGCGCAGACACCUGGCACCUGAGGUCUACGACGCCAUCCGCGCCUACGAGCCAUGCAUUGUGGUGUCCGACUCGGAGAAGCAUACUUUAAAGUACUUGGUCCUCAGCGACCAGCUCAUCUACCUGACCGAGAACCCGCCCAAGUCUAUCCGGCAAGUCGUGGCGCUGCGGGACGUCGUGGCCAUUGACCUGAUUGAUGAUUACCCAGAAUUUUUGAGUCCACAAGACAGAGAAACCAACCAACACAUUCGUAUAAUCUAUUCAACUGUUUUGAAAAAAGAGUGUGAAAAGUCAAAAGGUGUCAGGAAAUUACUAUUACCAUUUCAUCAUGCCAAUGCCAACAACAAAAAAGUCAAGGAAGAGAAUAAUGGCCCUGACUUUUGGAGAGGCAAAGAGCCUAAAAGUCUGGAUGAAUUCUCUCUCAGAUACCAUGGAGAGAGCAGCACACCAUCCAAGGACUCAGCUGUCUGUCCUCCUUCUGACUUCAAGAAGCUGUCCCUUCAUGGCCAGUGUGCCUUCCGACCCUUACCUGUCCCCUCCAGGAGGAGCUGUCAGGCCACAGCAGCCGCCGGCCAGGCUGUCAGCGUGCCCUCUGGUGCCACAAACACAAAAGGACCCCAGGGACUUCCGGAUCACAAAGACUCUCUCAGUGAAAUCCCUUUCAAGUGCAAUGGGAACGGAAAUGACUUUUACUUAAAAAAUUCCUCCCUGGCCUCCCCUUUACAAAGCAACCCGAAUGUAGAGAGAAAGGAGUCAGAACUUCAUUUGUUCAUUAUUUCCACAACGUCACCAAUAUUUCUGCACUUAAAGAGUUCGUGGAACAAUUAUAUUAUAAAAGCGACUCUUUUACAAGAUCCCCUGUAUGUUAGUGAGUUGAGUCUUACGAUUGGAUAUCAAAAGCCAUACAGAUCUGAGGAGAAAAUUAAGCACUUCAGUCAACUUAAAUCUGAGCUUUUUCUUAAAGAAAAUACUUUGAGGAAGAUACUUUGUUUAAUUACGGAACUUAAAGUAGCAGCCCAGAAAAACUUCAUUCUGAAAAGGCUUUUCUGGAAAACCAGUGAACUUUUCUAUUUCCUAGUGAACAAACUUCAUGAGUUCUUGCCAGAGUCCAGGGAUAAGAAUGCACUUCAAAAUAAAAGCCAAAGAGCUGAUGAGCUGGUGGUGUGCAUUGAAAUUAUACAGACUCUGGGACUGAUGUUCAGAGAAACAGAAACUGAGUCAUCACGUUUGAACACAUUGGCAGCUAAGAAGGGAACACUAUUUAAUCUCUUGGUAAUUUUAAUUAGCAAGCCUCAGAUUCCAAAAUCUUGUCCUGUGUUUGAUACCCAGUUGGUGGCUGAUUCAACUUUGGUUGAGAUGUCUUUGGAUGCAGAGUUACAGAAGCUUAUCCUGGAAUAUACAGAUACAGCCACAGCACUUUUAUAUGAGAUACUUCUUGUCUUCCAGCAGGGAAAUCUUGGAUUGGGAUCAACAACGUUUGCUAUUAGCUGGAUGAUGUCCUUUCUACAAAGUCAUCCCCCCAUAGUUACUUUUGUGGACAGUAUUGUGAAACAGGUGGUGAAGGGGCUUUCAGCUUCAUUUCAGCUGGUAGGUCCCAGCCAAGCAGUGCUGUUGUACCAGCAGUUUUACAUCCUCAGGAGCUGCCUGCAGUACAGCAAGCCUUUAGCCGAGUACAUUAGGAAUAACUACAGAGAAGAAUUCAGGUACUUCAUUCACAUGCCUGCCUUGGAAAAACGGCUCCCAUUGUGUUACCCCAUCACCCAGCCUACCACUCAGCUUUUUCGUGAAGUUCUGAAAUUGGUUGAACAGAAACAAUGUGUGAAAUGUUAAACACUGAGUAUAAAAUGUUAAUUGGAGGUCAACAUAAUAUUUGUGAAAAACAUUUAUUUAUGAAGUACCUAGCUAUCUCCGUGUCCUAGAAACAAAGAUCUAUUUGAAUGUUCCAUCAAUCCCUAAGAGAAGU